AUGGCAGACUCCGGGUCUUCAGCAGGAGCGCUGGACUUACGGAGUGCGCACGGGUCGCAAUCGCAGAUUCACAUCCAUCAUCACCACCAUUACCAUCGAAGAGCAGCCAGCGAGGGCAACUCGCAGGCGAAACGAGACGCAGAUGAGGCAUCAGGGAAAAAAUCGCCAUAUCAGUCUCUCAAAUCGCUCACGCUCAACAACCUGGACGCGAAACAGCACUUUUUGAUAGCAGUGUGCAGGGACGUUUCGCUGCUCCCGCCGCUGCUGUCGCUCGCGCACUCGUUGAAAAAAGCGUGGGCGCUGUCGUACCGCUCAGACGUGCUGUACAACAAUACAAAGGAGCUGUUGCAGGCUGAGCUGCCCUCAGUGUGGCACAGACCCCUUGCUGUCGAGACGCAGGCGUCUUCGGCGGCGGACUUGGAACUAACGUCGCAGCUGCUCGUGGCUCGGUCGUCUGAAUACUUGCUGUGCUCGCUGUGGUGCGUGGUCUCAGCGUAUCUGACGUACGCCAUCCUGGACUCGUUGAUGGUGCGGUGGAUCGUCAAGUACUCGACCGUGGCCGCUAUUUUGCGCAUGUUUUCCAUGUCACUGAUCAUCGUCACUUUGGAAAUGCUGCUGCUUUCGUCGCUGUCGCCCAAAGGCGACUACUACUUGCACACCUGGAUCCUGAUCAGCUGCGUGCUCACGGGUGCAUACAUCUGGCAGAGCUUUCUGACCUCAGACCUGAAUUACGUCCAACAGGACUCGCCCUCGCCAACACCGCCCGCCUCCAGCUCCAGCAACGACUUGGCGGGCGCCUCGACCGCCCGUCGCGGGUCGUCAACUACCAUUAAUACCAAUACCAGAUCCAUACCUGGCAUGCCGUCGUCGUCGUCGUCGUCGUCGUCGCCGCCCACCACCGCCACCACCACGUCCCAGGUCACGUGCUCGCCUACCGAUGCCCGAAAACGCAGACGUGGAUCGCGGUAUCUGGGACUGACCAAGAACCGCCAGAUCCACCUUUACAACAUCACUGUAUUUUGCGUGGUUCCGGUUGGCGUAGCCAGUUUUAUCACCAUGAUCGGACUGCUGCGAAACCUCGUGAUUCAGCGACUCGAUUUGGAACAACUCGAGCAUCUAAUGGCGCAAAGUUAUUCCGAGCAGGGCUGA